AUGGCGAAUGACGAGACGGCUGACAUCCAGGUCUACCGAAGACAAGUCGACAGCCUCCUGGACCGCGCUGCGCAAGUCAAGCCCGACAAGCAGAUCGAGCCCCCAUUGUCCGAAGCGCAGCUUGGUGAGCCGACAUGGCAACUUUCGCCAGAAGAUCAAAAGGCCACUGAGCACUUGAGUCAACAAACCAGGCUUGCGGCCGUGGAAAUCGCGUUUCGCGAGAAGUUCUAUCGCGUCUUGGCUUCAACCUCGAUUGACGACCCCGCCUUCAUUCAGAUCUGGAAUCUUCUGGACAUCGUCUCGAUCUUCUCCGACAAUGAACAAUGUGAGCCUGGUCUCAUCUUCUGGCUCAUCGAAGAGCUUCUGGAUAGUCAGACCAUUGACGGCUGCCACAAGGUCUUUGAUUAUUUGGAGUCUCGGAGGGAAAAGAAUACCAAGAAACACUUCAAGCAGAAAAACUUGAUUAUCCUACGAUCCUGUAACGAGCUGCUGCGUCGCCUCUCGCGUGCAGAAGAUACAGUUUUCUGCGGCCGGGUCUUCAUCUACCUUUUCCAGAGCUUCCCACUCGGUGACAAGAGCUCUGUCAACCUUCGUGGAGAGUUCCACUCCGAGAAUGAAACCACUUUCGACGAAAUCGUCAAUAACUCUACCGAAGAUCAACAAGAUACCACAAUGACUGAGUCUGAACCUGCGCCUGAAAACACAGAAGCGCAUCAAAAUGGGACACCUUCCGAGCGAACGGCAAAAGUGCCCAAAGUUGUGAUCUCCGGCGAUCAGAAGAAAUCGGAAGAGGUCGAUUUGGAUGUGCUUUACCCACUCUUCUGGGGUCUCCAGGCCUUUUUCUCAUCACCAAGCAAAAUGUUCGAAUCAGAAGGGUUCGAGUCCUUUAAAGCCGGUCUUGAGGCGACUCUAUCUGCAUUCAAAAAUAUCAACACUGAACUGGAAAAUCACAGUGCUUCGCGAGCCUCAGAGGAUGCUCGCAAGUCAAGCAAGCGCAAGCGCGUCUCAGAUGACACAGAAGUUGCCACCAGCUUCAAUCCUAAAUACCUGACCAGCCGGGAUCUGUUUGAUCUUGAAGUCGGCGACACUGCCUUCCGACGACACGUGCUUGUCCAGGCAUUGAUUCUCCUCGACUUUGUGCUUUCUCUCACGCCGAAGGCCAAGACACGCCUAGGAAAUACCACCAACAAAUCGGUGCUCUAUAACUUCACCUUGAACGAGGAGGAUACGAAGUGGGCAAUUAAGAUCCGAAAGAACAUCGAGGGGUAUCUGCAGCAAGGGCCCGAGGGCAAGUUCUACUAUCGCAUGGUGGAUACGGUCUUAUCCCGGGACAGGAACUGGGCGCGGUGGAAAGCCGAAGGUUGUCCACUGAUUGAACGACCAGCCAUCUCUUCCUCCGAGUACACAACUUAUCGCGAAAAUGCCGUCAAGGUGUACGCCAACAAACGUCUCCGACCCUCUCCGAUGGGCUCUCUCGACCUGAAGUUCCUCUCGGAUAGUGAAUCCCUCGCCAAUAUCGAACGUCUCAAGGAAUCCGAUCGGUACAGUGUGCCUUCCGCCGACACAUUCAUGAAAGGCAUAAUGGACGAUGAAAUGGAUCUCGACCUCGCGGCGACGGAUGAUGACAAGGCGGCUGCCGAAGGUGCUAUUGCGAGCAAGUCCUGGCGAAUCCUGCGAUUAUCUGCAAAGACCAAACUCGCGACGUUUGAUAAACUGAACAACAACAACCUACAAAUUUUAUUCGCAGCCCCUACGACGAGCCAAGAAUCCGAAUCCAACAUGGAGGAUCCCAAAGACCUCCCUCAAUCGCUGGAUGGAGUUCAGGAUCUGCCGGGUGAAAACAAGCAGACGGAGAAAAAAGAAUCUGCUCCCGAUCCCGACGUCAAUUCCAGUGCAACUGCCCCAGGAGUUCCUCAGGCUCCCGAGGACGACCAAGAGAUGCAGGAUACCAAAGACGCCACCGAAGAACCCCAAGCCCCGAGCGUGGAGCAAAGCGAGAACCUUACCGCCUCUAGCGCCCCUACAGAGGACCCUGCAAGCUAG